CUUUGGUCAUCUUCUUUAUCGACCGUCAAAAGACCUUCGCAUUACAACAAGGCAUCCUGCGGUGCGGUACAACUCUUCAUGAUGGGAGGCCCAGGCUCUGGAGGUUACAAGAACAAGCCGGGGGAUACUGAAACCCAUUCAGCAUGGGACAUUAUCCCUCAAGAUCCCACUGGGACCCAGAAGCUCGCCCAGGUACGAUGCAAGUACUGUGGCCGGGAAAUGGCUCAGCACACCUCGCGCCAACGCGUUCACCUCCUCGGCUGUCAGGCAUACCUUGAUGCGAUGAAAGAGCAAGGCGUUGAAACAAGCAUCACGCGUCAGGCGGCGGAUCCAGCGGCUUUCUUCCGAACGGCUGACUGGACUCAGAAGUCGGCGGAAGCAAAGGCGCCAAAGGUGUUGAAGAUGCAGGAACACUCUACUGCUGUGCGCAUUCAAGCUUUGGCACUGGGCGAGGCGAGCAUUUCAUCGGAGCGCAUUCAGGAAAUCACGGGCAUGGAUCCUAAAGUGUUGGCUGGUCUCAGAAGACUUGCGCGCGAACGUGGCUACGACCCGUCUGUGUCUAUGCAGCUCAAGGAAGAGUAUGUCUUGGAUCCACCAAACAACAGCCGUCCACGUGGUCGACCAAAGAAGAGAAAGCCAGAAGACGACGUCGAUCCUGCUUUGACCAACAUGCAAGAUACUACUCAGGGCACUCCAACUUUCACUCCAACCCGACAAGCAAGCAACCUUCCGCCAGGUCAAUGGGAUUUCAUGGCUGCCACUCCUUCCGGCUACACAAUGACUUAGGAUGCUGUUGUGGCAGACAAUGGCAGAAUUGAACCACGAAUUUUGACUGAUGGUGUUCAUGUUGGCGACCAAUCGUCCGCGAUUGCAAGGAGUUCGGGAGAAUCUUAGUGAUGGCAUUCAUGGAUGGCGAAAAGUGUAUGGAGUGCUUUUAUCAUGCUGUUAAGAGAUGUCGAAUGCGACGACGGCGGUUCUGAGUAGUUUUGUCACCAGACUGCUGAUAAAGGAUAUCCCAGAGAAGCGACGGCAAAGAAGUCAUGAAGAACACCAGUGAACCUGGUAGCAGACUGUAACAGUCUAGCAAAUAGCUAAUCAACAAAUCUCAAAUUCACA